AUGGCACCGAAGCACACCUACGGCCCUCAGCUCGUGGUUAAACCUUCCGGGAGUCUUCAGCAUUCUCAGGUGAACCUAGAAAAGUACCUUCCUUUCUCCAAACGUAUCCUCCCUCCUUUCGUAUCAGACGGUCUCGUUGCGAAACUCAAGGCCGACCCUCUUCUCUCUCCUUCAAAGCAUAGCAAACUAGAUACCCUUGAAGCUUCAACUAUUCGUCUAUGGGCAGUCGACGGACGAAACGACUUAACUGUCAACAAACUCGGCGCUGUCACCCUCAAACCCAGUUCGUUUGAUGAGGCUUGUUUCCACGAAAAUACGUCGCGAAUGGCACACCACUACGCUGCGGCAUAUGGUGACAUCCUCCUCAUGCACGAAUAUCUCUACCUCGGUGCCAUUUCAGACAAGCCAGAUAAGCAGGGCUUCACGCCUAUCUUCCUGGCACUCGCCGGCGCUGCGAUCUUGCGAGCGGACAUCACAAUCAACGGUUACACCGGUCCCAGGAAGAUUACGCUCCUGCGGCAAGGCCCAUCCCUUCUCAAGAGGUUCUCCUAUAUCGCAAGGAUGCUCAUUGAGCAACAUAUCGACGUGAAUCAGACGCAUUGCGGAUACUCGCUCCUUUAUCUUGCGCUUCUCGCCAAAGACUGGGACACAGUCAGCCUCCUCUUCGAACACGGCGCGCGCAACCAUCUGUCCGUAAAAGAGAUGAAGCACUGCGUCAGAAGCAAUGAAGACCGCAAUCUUUUCGCAGCCGCAGAGUCGAAGAAGCUCCCCAAAGGCGCCGAGCGUCCACCACGUCUCUGCCCUUGCUCAUCAGGAAAACCACUCUCGGAAUGCCAUGCCGCGCCAGAGGUGUGCAUACACUACUCUCCCUCUUUCCUCUGCUUCUGCGGCAAAGACAGGGCCUACCAGAGGUGCUGCAUGUCGAAGAUAGCCGCCUUCGAGAGCUGGGACGCACAGAAGCAGAAGAUCGUCACGCACAUCGAAGUUUUCGGCAAGGACGACAAGCUACGUGCGGCCGUACGGCGGUUCCAAGCACUCGAUUUCGAUUAUGACGACGCCGGAAAUGUAUCCUCUUCGUCGAAAGCCCUGCCAUUUGCAGGACUAACGCAAGAGAAUAUGGACAAGUUCCGUAAGGAAAUGCUCCGUCUCAACAAGGUCGACCCGGCGUUUGCGCAUGGGAUGUCGAAGAUGAGGUUCCCUUUGCCCAUCAGCCGCAGUUACGGAGCCAGGGGAUUGAGAGCCGCCCAUCAACUGAACUGGAACGCCGCUAUCGAGGAGUACAUUCAUUCUGGUACUGACCCUCGCUCUCGCCUCGAGAUCGAACGGGCAGCGAAGAUUGGUACAUGGGGUGGCGCCCUCAUCCGUCGAUGCCAAGGCCCGGAUUGCACAAAUAUUGAAGACCGCGACGCUAGGGUGUUCUCGCAAUGUUCCGCCUGCCAGAUCACGGUCUAUUGUUCACAGUCGUGCCAAAAGGCGGACUGGCCGAGUCACCGCCGUGAAUGCUGUUCGCCCCGGCAAUCUCCCGAAUGCCUACCUUCUCAGGCGAACAUUAUGGAUUACCUCGCCGACAAGUUAGAGCAGUCGCCGGAGUAUCGAGCCUAUCGUGACGGACAUUGA